UAGGGGGCAAUUCUGACCCGAAUGCAUAAAAUUUGGUCACUUUGGGUCUUUUAUUAAUUACUAUGGGUCAAUUUGGAUUUCCUUGUAAAAACUAAUGCGUCCAAUUGGGUCAAUCUUAAAAGAGGGAAGUAAGUUUAGGGUCAAUUUGGGUUUAGAAGUAAAAAGGAACGGGUUACUGGGUCGAGAAGAAAUACGACACGGGUUACUCCUAGGGUUUUUUCUUAGAGCUCUUUGAACUUCAGUGAACAUCAUCAUCAUCAUCAUCGAUUCAGGGGGGCAUCUUCAUCCUCUCCGUCCUCCGCCACAAACCCGCCACUGUCUCCGCGUCUCUGUCGUCUCCUCCGCCACAAACCCCCCACCCUCCGCCGGCAUCUUCAUCAGCGACGGGAUCUUCAUCAGCGACGACAUCUUUUCCGGUGAAGGUAUCAUCAUCACUUCAUGAGCGCCGUAGUUGAUGGAUUUGAUGUGUGUCUGUGUGAAUGUUUUAAAUUUUGUUGUGAAUUUGUUUGAUUUUGUGGAGUUGUUUUGGAAUUUGAUAGAUGAAUAGCGGUUUUUUUGUUGUGAAUGUUUCAGAAACUGUGUUUAAUCUGUAAAUCUGUGAUCGAUGUUUUAUAAGUUUGAUGUUGAAGCUGUAAUUUCUUUCUCUUAUGAUGAUGAUUUAAAUGACUGACUGAAUAAAUGGUCAUUGUUUAAAGAAAAUUUGAUGAUUUAAAUGGCUGAUUGUUUUUUGCCUUUCUAAAUGUUUCAAAAACUUUGUGUUUUCAACUGAUACAUAUGUGAUUGAAGUUAUUUUAGGUUUAACAUGUGUAUUUGUUGCUUGAGGGGGCACUAAAUUGUUGAUUUUACACUUUGUUGUAUACAAAACUACAUCAAUAUAGUCUGGAAUAACUAAAUUUGAGUAUUAUUUUGAAAGGUGUGUUCAACUGAUAUUUUUGUAUUUGAAUUUUGUUUAUGGAGUUACUAGAAGAUCUAAAAGAAAUCAUUUAAGGGUGAACGGGGCGUCCUCGGGGUGGCGUGUGGUGAGUGAGUUCCCCGCUCGGGAACACCGCCGCCGACCCCUCGGGGAGGCUAAGCGGCGACAGGUCUGCGGCAUUAAUUCACCGCACAACUUUUCAAACUUUUUGAUUUUUUGAACGUUUGGCAACGGCUAUUCCAUAAAAAAUAAAAAUAAAAUCCAAUUUUAACCUAUAAAUACCCCAUUAAAUCUAAUUUUUUACCACACAAAUUUUCAAUCUUAUUCCUCUAAAAUUCUUUCAAAUACAACACAAAGCCAAACCGAGUAAUGGAGAACCAACCCCGCGAAGCCAAGAAAAAGUCAGUCGGCUCUAACACUAAGGGACGCGGCUCGCAACCGUCUCGUGGUGGUUCGAGCAGUGCAAAUGCACAACCACAACCACCUUUCGGAUAUACUACACAACCCCCGUUUUUUACCCACAACCUUCACACCCAUCCUUUUACAACACCCAACCACAACGCCCUUUCGGCUAUUUCCAAAAUUUGUUAUCAAUGGAUCCUCAAGCCCCCGCCUUCGACCCGUUUGGUUUUCGUUCCCCACAAGUUCCAUCUCCACGAGAAAACGUUGAACGCCCUCUACCUAUUUACGAGGACGAUGAAGUAGUGCCCGAAACUCAAAAUUUGGGCGACUAUGAAGAUGACACCGGCGACGAUCAAGAUAAUGUGAAUGAAGACGCCGGCAACGAAGAAGAUGACGCUCGGGGUAAAAAGGCGAAAAUGGAGCGCCAAUCUUGGUCAAAAUACCAAGAAGAGGCAUUGGCGAAGGCGUGGGUACAUUGCUCUACCGACAAAAAGAAGGGCAAUCAACAAACCCGCGAGGAUUUUUGGCGUAGGAUUUUAGAUCAUUAUAACGCCACAGUUGGUGGAAGUAACCAGAUCGUGCAUCAAGUACGGUCUAAAUGGCUACCGAUGAUGACGAAAAUAAACCAUUUCAACGACCUAUACCAACAAGUGGAUCGCACAAGAGAUAGCGGGUGUGACGAUCUCGACGUGAUGAAAAUCGCUUUAAAGGAUUUUCAAAAUAAAUAUCCGAGCGGUUUUCAACAUGUCGAGGCAUGGGAGGUCGUUCGAAAACACGACAAAUGGGCCCAAGUCCCAUUGUUGGGUGAGGAAGGGGAAGGUUCGGCACAAAAAAGAAAGUCCGUUGACACGGACCCUUCUAUACCCGAUAUGAACGAAGACCCCUCGCCACAAAGAACACAACGGUGAGACAAGAGUCAAGCGACAUCCUCCGAGGGCUCGGUUGAGUUGGCAGCACAAUUCAAAGAGUACACCACCAUGAAAGAAGCGAAGCACGUUAGCUCUAUGGAGGCGAUUGAAUUGAGGAAGAAAAGAGAGUCGUAGGCUCGUGAUCUCAUAACGGAACAACGCGAGACGAUGAGAAACUACGCGCAUGAUCGAGAUAUGAAAACAUUCCUCAAGCCGCACAACGAUGUUCCGCCGGAAAUGUUGCUGUUCAUCCUCACCCGAAAGCGCGAGAUCGCUAACAAGUACGGAUGGCCGUGCAAUUUCUAAAAUUUUUAUGUAGUAUUGCGAUGUAAUUUUUAUUUUAUUAAAUGAAAUGUAAUUUUUU